AUGACAGCUGCAGUGUAUAAGCAACUUUUAGCUAAUAAUUUAAAACAAUCUACUCGUGAAAUGGGUCUUGAGAAAUUUAUCUUAAUGCAAGAUAAUGAUCCUAAGCAUACCUCAAGACUUGUUUCCAACUGGUUAGAUGAAAAAGACAUUCAAGUUUUAGAUUGGAACCCACAGACUCCAAAUUUAAACUCUAUUGAGGCAGUCCGGGUUCUUGUAAAGUGUAAAUUAACUCAAUUUGGUAAAUUUAAAAAAGAUAAAUUAAAAGAAGAAAUUAAAUAA